CAAAUACGUGCGGAUAACAUAUUAAAUCAGUGAGAUCUAGCAGAACUAAAGAGAAACCAAGCAAUAAUUGGAAGGAUCCUAUUAAUAUCCUACCAUCUAGGAUUUCUCUUCUAACUGAAAAAAAAGCAAUUACUCUUACACACACACACACAUAGCCAAUGAGAGGUGGUGUUGUUGAUGAAGGUUUGUGUAGAAUCACAAAAUCUCAAUGCAUUCAAAUUCUUGCAUUUACAUCUCUAGCAAUUGCUUUCUUGGCUCUCUUCACUAACACAUCCACCUCUCUCUUCUCUCUCCCAUCUCUACCAUGGGCAUGGAACCCUUCUUCCUUCUCCUCCCUCUCCUCCGCCCCUCCGCCACCAACAACGACGACGAAGAAUCCAAACAUGGCCCUCUACCCUAUCUUCACUAAUCCGAAAAUGCAGAAGGCGGUUGAGAAAUUGGCGAAGGAGUUGGAUGAAGAAACUAUGAUUAGAAGAGGCACCGAGAGAGACCAAAAUAUGGUCAAAAUCGAAGCGGAUCUUGCUACCGCGAGAGCGUUAAUCAAAGAUGCGAUUUUUAAGAGUCGUGAUUCGCCUCCGCUAGCACAAGACGCAGAUUAUUUUCCUCGUGGACAAAUCUAUAGGAAUUCUUAUGUUUUCCAAAGGAGUUACAUGUUAAUGGAGAAGAUGAUGAAGAUUUAUGUAUACGAAGAAGGCGAACCCCCUUUGUUCCACUAUGGGCCCACUAAGAAUAUAUACUCCACAGAGGGCAUAUUUGUUGGAUUAAUUGAGUCCAACACUAGUCAAUUCAAGACUCAUGAUCCUAAUCAAGCCCACCUCUAUUUCCUCCCGUUUAGCGUCGUCAUGAUCCUCCAACACUUGUUCGACCCGGCUGAGCGCGACAAGGCCGUCCUCGGGCGAGUCAUCGGAGACUACAUAGCCACAGUAUCCGCUAAGUAUCCCUAUUGGAAUCGAAGCCUUGGUGCUGAUCAUUUCAUGCUCUCCUGUCAUGAUUGGGGCCCACGGGCAACGUGGUACAUGCACCACUUGUACUUCACAUCCAUACGAGCCUUAUGCAACGCGAAUACCUCAGAGUUCUUCAACCCAAGGAAGGACGUAUCGUUCCCGGAGAUCAAUCUCCCAUUGGGAGACAUCUCUGGGCUAACAACGCCUGGAUCUCCAAACAGAACAGUUCUAGCGUUCUUCGCUGGCCGAUUGCACGGAAAGAUAAGGAAAUCCAUAUUCCAGCAUUGGAAGGCCAAAGACAAGGACAUCAUAGUGUGGGAAGAGGUACCUAAAGAGUCCAAGUUCUCUUACAAAGAGAUGAUGGGGAGGAGCAAGUAUUGCAUUUGCCCUAGCGGGUUCGAGGUGGCGAGCCCUAGGAUCGUGGAGGCUAUAUACGCCGAGUGUGUGCCGGUUUUGGUGUCCGAAAAUUAUGUAUUGCCGUUUAGUGAUGUGCUUGAUUGGGACAAGUUUUCGAUCCGAGUCACGGUGGCCGAGUUGCCAGAGUUGAAAAGGAUCUUGGCGGCGGUCGGAGAUGACGGGUAUGUGGUGAUGCGGCGGAGGGUGAGGGAGGUGCAACACCAUUUUGUGGUGAAUGAUCCACCUAAGAGAUAUGAUGUGUUUAAUAUGAUGCUUCACUCACUAUGGUUGAGAAGGUUGAAUCUUAGAAUCAAUGUGUGAUAGUGAUUAGUGAUAUCUUGCAUGCACAAUCUAUUUAUUGGAUUUACCGUGAUUUGUUGUAUGCCGGUUACAUAUGAUGUAUAAUGCAGGUAUUGUCACAA